AUGGUGCCGCUAGAAACUGCUGGAUCAACAAUCACUGGCGACGAAGAGGCUAACGGCGCUGCUGGUAGCACGCCCUCUGUCCUUUCUCGCACAAACGUGACCCUGCCCGUCACGUUAAGGACUGGGACGUCACACGACGAUGCCGGAAUUGAAACCGAUGAUGAAGGCCAGCAUGAUGUGGAGGAGAGGGUCGGAACGGCGUUGCAACAAGCUGCAGAAAGCGCCUCUGCAUCGAUCGGCCACGUUGCAGGUCUCUUUAAGAGGGCCACGAAGUUCGACGACAUGAAUUCUCGCAUGUCAAAGGGUAAAACUGUUGCGGCGCGGAAGAAUACGAUCGAAGAUGCGGACAUGAAGAAGCUACGCGACCAAGUCAAGACGAUGCAGAAGGAGGGGAGUGUCUGGGACUACAAGAGCUUGGCUGCGUCUCUUGUAAGCACGGAGUCUCAUGGACAAAAGCUAAAAGUCGAGGUUGAAGGGGCGAUCGAGACACUGCUUAAGCUUCGUAUACACCCUGGUAUGAAGAGCCACGCCGACCGCAUACACCGGGAGCUAUUCUCCAUGUAUGGGAAAACCCUUGGGGAGUCACUGAGCAAGUUCUAUUCCAAGGCGAAUCUGACACCGAACGAAUUUGUCGAUAUAAUGUGGGGCACAAAAGAGUUGUAUCUCACUAACGGCUUUGCUGAUGAGGCAAAGACUCAAGUGUUUAACCAGGCCAUAAGAUAUCUGGGAGGACGGAUCCUUCCGGCGCGCGAAAAGGCUGGGUACGUCGAUGAUGUCGCUAGUAUAGAUAAGAACGCUUUUGAUAAGCUUACAAGCUUAGCUAUGCACGAGGCGCCCAGGACGUUAAAGGCCUAA